AUGCCGCGCAAUCGGGUCCCACAAGACCCGAUUGUCAUGGUCAUUGACUUUCACCAUGCUAGGGGCCCCGAAAUCGAACUGUGCAUUGGUCCAGAAGGGACCGACCCUGCAGCGGAGAACGACUGGUCCUUAUUACCAUUCAUGGCGCUUUCGGACGGAGCGCACUUAUCUACCGAAGAAUUCUCGUACUUUACUCUGCGCCGCAAAGGGACCGACACAGAACCUCCGACUUCGCUCUUUGGCAUCGCUUGUUCAAGACAGAUCGACUCCAAAGCUCUCAUUUACAAGUCGCCAGACGUGACGAGGUCGACGGUACAGAAGGCGGUUGUCGUUGUCACGGAUAAGCCUAGGAGCCUUGGGCAACUCAGGGAGAAGUUGUCUAUUGUCACUUCGGCAUGGUUCGCACAACGGGACUUUUCGGACCUCGACAUUCUCAAGAAAUUCCAUGAAGGUCUGACUAUCAGCCUGGAGAAGGAUGAGGUAUUCAAAGACCAGACUCUGGGCCUUUCCUUACGGGAGAUGAUCCACGAGUUCAAAUUCCAGACCCUUGUACUGUUCAAAGCUCUACUUUUGCAACCCAAGAUGCUCUUUUUCGGCUCAAGAUGCGAGCGCCUGUGCAUGAUUCAAUUCUCGCUCGUAUCCCUCAUUCCAGGACUUAUGAACCAUCUCCAAGACUGUGCCGACCCGGCGUUCGAUGAUUACGCGCAAACUGUUGAGAAGCCGACAUCUCUCAAGACAAGCGAUAGGAGCUCCUUAUUGGCCUAUAUGGGACUUCCCUUGCAGAUUUUUGGAAAGGGAAGCAUGUUCGGACCGUAUACACCCCUUCAGCAGCUGGAUCUGCUCGCGGACGAUGGAACGAAAUCAUAUGUUGUUGGGUCUACGAAUUCUUUGCUCUUGCAGCAAAAAGAUCGCUAUAGCGAUAUUCUAAUAAAUCUUGACGAAGAUACGAUCAAUAUUAACUCGCUUCCAUUACGGAAUGCCCUGUCACUUUCUGUGGCAGAUCGGCGCUGGAUUGACGCCAUCACGCAGAUAGUCAACGAUACAUGGGACGAAGCGCAUCCCCAACAGCCGAAGACUCACGGCUAUGUGGGCUCCGAAGAGUUCAUUAGGCUUCAAUUUGAAGAGUACCUUUUGGCCCUACUUUCCUCUAUGAAGUAUCACGAAGAACUCAACUCCUACCUUACCGGUGAACAGGGUCGCCGCAGCCGGGCGCAAUUAGACGCCUAUAAUAUCGAAGGCGACCCAGCACUAGAGUUUAACCAGGAGUUUCUUGCAAUAUGGAGAACCACCUCCAACUAUGCUCUGUUCCAGCGCCUGACCUCUGAUGCGCUUUUAUUCUCCAUCGCUGAACCCCGACAUCCUUCUGCCGGUGGUCUUACCAUUGACGAUGUCCAAAGACGCAUCUCGCAGCAGGUUGCGGACCUCCAUCUCGAUGAACGAGUCCGCGAAGGUCGCGAAGCCCUAAACAGGCACAUCUCCACCGGGCAAAAGAGAGUAACCGCCGCGUUCAACAGCUUCUGGGCUGAUAUAGAAUCCAUGCGAGAGGCACAGCGCAAGAGGAACGAAGAAAAAGCAAACCAGUCACCGCGGCCAUCCCUGGACAGGACAGCCUCACUCCCAGUUUCAGCCUCAGAGUCCUCUCCAACAACAUCCGCCGGCGGGUCUUCAUCCUGGUUCCCCAACCGGAAAGUAGCAGUCCCCGCCGUAGACAUGACACAGGCUCAGGCUUCCGUCAGCGCGGUCGGUCAAAAGGCAGGCGCUUACUUUAGCUCCUGGGGCUCAUGGGCUACCGAAAAGCGCAAGGAAUGGCAGGAAAAGAAAUCCACCACCCCCUCCCCAACGCCAAGUGCUGCUGUAACGUCUCCGUCAACUCCGACCUUGACGAGCACCACAGAGGCAAACGACAACUCGGACCGAGGUAGACGGCGCUCAAUGCAGUCUCAUCGCAGCGAAGACUCGUCUACGCUUUCACGCAGUGGAAGCAGAAGAAAGCGAUGGAGUAACAUCUUCCUCAAACGCGAAAGCUUGGAUCUUAGCUCCAUCAACCGUGAGCAGGACGACCAGGAAUCGGUGUAUCCAAAGUCUCCUCUAUCGCGGGAGGCGCCUGUUAUCGAGGACAAUACUCCCCAGGAAGCCCCGAGCACCCAGUCCGACGGCGAGUCCAAGAAAGGGAUGUCUCAAGCGGAGAAUGACGCUCCCGGCAAGGAGCCCCAUCUCAAUCUCGUCAACGAUGAGAACGCAAAGCCACAGCCAUCGCCAGCAUCUACCACUGCCGAGCCCAAUCCUAAGGGUGUACGGGAAACACUUCCAGAAAAGUCAUCGCCGCUGGACUCGACUACUGUCAACGAGGCUUUGUCAUAA